CCAAUAAUUAAUUAUGGCCAAAUCCAAGUUCUAGAGUUUUCUCUAGAAAUAUCAUCAUUUCCACCUCCUUAAAAGAUUCUAGAAAUUUUCUAGAAUCAUCUUCCACCUCCUUAAACAUAAAAAUCUAGAUACUCUAAUAGAAUAAUCUAGAUAAUUUGAAUAAUGUAAUCUAGAUCUUAUGUAAGAACUCUCUAGACUUAGGAUUAAAAUAUUUUAGAUAUUUUGUAGUUUGGAGGCUAUAAAUACUUCCUCCCCCUCUCAAAUGUUGCAAUGUUGUGAAGUUGUAUUCAAGUUUAAAGCAAAGUAAUAAAAGUUCUAUUUCCUAAAAAACUCUCUCAAAACACUUAAACACUUUCUCCAUUACCUCUAAAAGAAUUUUACUCUAACAAAGUGGUAUCAGAGCUUGAAGAUCCUAAAGAUGGCGAGUAACAAUGUUCCCUUCCAAGUCCCGGUGCUCACAAAGAGCAACUAUGAUAAUUGGAGUCUACGAAUGAAGGCUAUCCUAGGAGCACAUGACGUGUGGGAGAUAGUCGAGAAAGGUUUCAUUGAACCGGAGAAUGAAGGUAGUCUUUCUCAAACUCAAAAAGAUGGUUUGAGAGACUCAAGAAAGAGAGACAAGAAAGCUCUCUGUCUAAUCUAUCAAGGAUUAGAUGAAGAUACGUUCGAGAAGGUCGUUGAAGCUACGUCGGCGAAAGAUGGUUUGGGAUUCUGAUUUUGAGUUUCCGUUGC